CUGAAAAUACGCUCUAAAAGAUUGAGCAGAGAGAAAUGUCAAGGGGAGGCAAAUGCAAUCGUGACAUGUUCGGAUGCAGAUAAGAUUGGCAAUGUUAUGCGGGGUGACAUCGAGGGUGCACACUGCGCACCAGGUGAAUGUCAAACCCAAGCAGACGGCGCAGUAAUUUGCACUUUACAGCCACUUUGAUCAGUAAUCUGUGCUUAAAACUUCGACUAUUGUCUCUUACGCUCGAGGCUCGAGGCUCGAGGUCCUUCAUCAACGGAGGCCGUGAAGGUCGACGUUUCUUGAGCAGGGAGCGGAGCGCAUGGACCUUCGUGCCAUCUCUCGCGCUCUGUGCUCGCUCUGCCGCCGAGGGCAAGCAAGGGCCAGAGUUGGAACCUUGGACUCCGUUUGCUGCCUUCUGUAGGAUCGAACUGUACAGAAGAGAGCAGAAAGUCCUUGUGAGGCAAGGUGAAGUUCAUGGCUGCUUGCCUGCCUGACUGCCUGAGUGCAAGAGAGCUCAUUGGCCGAGCCGAGAACCGAGCUCUGUGUCACUUCGGCCUCGUGGGAGCCUGCAGAUUUCGAAGUGCAACUACUGUUCUGUAUUGUUCAGUGCUGUAAAUCGAGUGAUGCUCAGAAGGCUAGAUGCGCUGGUGCAUGUACAAAUGCUCCAACAGCCCGAAGCUGCAAUGCCGGAUGGAGAGCCGAUGUCAUUGAGAGGAAUGGAGAUACGCGCGAUUGAAUGUGGAUCGGACCUUGUGAGCUGUUGUACUCUUGGAUGAGGCGGUUUGAUGUGGCAGUGGAAGUGGUGAAUUUCGCUUUGGGAUCAGAUGAAAUGAGAUCAGAUGGGAUGCGAUGGGAUGGUAUGAGAUAAUGUCAAUUUGUCAAUGUCAUACGAAUUUGCCUCACUGUCUGGAGAGGGUACGGAUGUGGGCGAUCGUGGCAUGUUUCGAUCGAUCGUGAGAAGAGAUGAUCUGGAAUGAGGAUGGAUCAGGCUAAUUGGGGCACGAGCAUUCUUUCAAGCAGUCAAUCAGUUGUGGUAUAACAGGUCCUGUGGGAAUGCCGGGCAGUGAAGAGCUGCCUGCCGUUGAGGAGCAGCAGCAGGCAGAGUUCUAUGCUUGCAUUUUGGAACCCGGAGGCGGAACUACUCAGCAAGAUGCAGCCUACGUUGGACAACGUCGUCUCUUGCUGUAUAGGAAAGCGCUCUCUGGGAACCUUCAGCGUCAGAAUGCAAGCAGAUGUGGAAAUGUAACGGUAGAGGCUAUGUUGCCUAUCGAGAGUACAUUCGACAAUGCAAACAGUGGGACAAUUUGCGGCCUACAAGUCCCUUGAGCUACCCCGGAGAUAGUGGCCGAUGGUCAGGUUCUCCAUUUCCGUACGACAGGAGUAGCGGGAAUAACUCCAGGGGUAGGCCAAGUGUCAGCUCCUUCAACGGCCCUAGAACGAGUUUUGGAUCUGUUACCGAAUCAGAAACCCUCAGCUAUCAACAUGAACCCGGCUAUUCAUUUGUUGGCAUGCACUGCAUAUUCGAUGAUAUCAAAGCUUCUGUGAAUGUACUCAGAUUUGGGCACUUAAGCUCAGAUCUACUAGCUUUUGGAGCAGCGGAUGGCAGCCUUGUUAUUUGUAGUGUUGCACAACCCCCUCGCAUACUUCACCACUUGAAGGGGCAUACAAAAGAGAUUACAGACUUCGAUUGGUCCUUGAAUAAUCAAUGCUUGUGUUCUUCAUCAUUGGAUAAAAGCGUCAGAGUAUGGAGUGUCGAGAAGGGAAGUUGUCUGCGAGUUAUAUAUGGAAACGCUGCUCAAAUGUGCAUCCGUUUCCAUCCUUUGAACAACAAUUUUUUGCUCGUGGGCCAUGCUGAUCAAGGACUUACCGUUAUAAACUUCAGCACUGGAAGGGUUUUGCACAGACUGUCGGUGGAGAGCAGUAUAACUGCAAUGGACACAGAUCACACAGGUCACGUGCUUUUCGCUGGUGAUUCUCAGGGCGGUAUUCACAGCAUAAAGGUGGAUAUGCACACAGGAGCCAUGGCACAUGGGCAUAGGACAAGUAAGGGUAUUCAGCGGAAGUCUCCGGCGACAAGCGUCCAAUUCAGAACCUUUUCCUUAUUAGCGGGUGGGCCAGUGCUACUGGUUGCCAACCAAGAUGGCAGCCUUCGAUUCUUUAGUGUGGCAAUGGAGGUGGAUGGAUACCUUUCAUUAAAGUGCUCCCUGAAACUUCCACCACGAGCAAGAAAUAUAAGGGCUUCUUUUUGUCCUCUGCUCUCCUUAGAGAGAGGAGAAUUCAUAGUCUCCGGGAAUGAGGACACGAACGUGUAUUUCUAUGACUUUACUCGUCCAAAGCGGCCUUGCGUAAACAAGCUCCAGGGCCACGGUGUUCCCACCGUGGGCGUUUCAUGGAACCAUGGGGAGAAUCUAUUAGCAACGUCGGACUGUGAAGGGGUUGUAAUUGUAUGGAAGAGAGCGAGAGAUAACGAUAAUUAGGUACAUCGUGGUAAACCAAUGUUUCUCCCUACUUCACAGGACGACGUUCAGCCCAUUUGACAUGUAGGGGCUUUGUCACCUGCGGAUAGAUAAAUAUUGUGAGGGAAACGCAGUUAAGUUCAAUGAGAAGACAUCCCUCUCGAACGAAGGCGUGGUGUAUUGGCUGGAUUGAUGUUGGACAAGCUUAGCCUCACUGUGGGCCUGCGGUUGCUAUAUGUUGAUUGGAUCCAGUUAAACGUGGCAAUUGAGGCAACGUCCUCCCACUCCGUGUGUUCUGACCAUGUGUCAUCCGGCCAGUUUUGUUGAUCAUAUUCUUUCUCAUGUGCCUGGUCCUCUGGUCGAGGUAGGCAUUGUCAGUGCAAUGAAUCUGUGGAUUAUAAAGGCCAACAACCACCAACGAGAAGUCACAGGUAGUUUAGAAGUACAGAUUCUCGAGACAACGUCGUCACUUCGACUCACUUGCCGCAGCAAGUACACUGCCAUGUGACCUCUAUAUUCCCGGCAGACCCAUGAUCAUGGGCUGCUGAGGUCGGAAAUCUAGCGAGAUGCGUGUCUAAUCAAAGUUCGCUCCUCGACAACCUCGCAUGAAUAGGAAUCCUUGUAACAG